UCUCCGAUCGCGUUGCACUUUGGACGUCUUGUUUGUACUGCACGCGCGUGUGCGUAGUCAAAGGAGGAAACUAGUUAAGCCAGUCGAGUCUCUUUGCCUGGUCAAACACGACGUCGGACGGGACCAGCCCAAAGCGACACGCGCCCAAACGCGCAAACUCCAGCUGGUCCCGAAUCUGUGUGGGCUGAUGUUGGCACCUGCAGACAUAUAGACGGGAUUAUCUUCUCGGGGGGCUCGCUCGUCUUCGUCAUGUCCGUCAGCGUGACCGUGAGGAAGGUCUCCAACCUGCCGGGAGGAUCCCAACGCAGAGUGGAGCUCUGCUUCAGAGGAUUCACCCAGAAGACCAGGGUGGUGCACAGCGAGGGCGUGGCCGUCUUCAACGAGUCUUUCCGCUGGCCUCACUAUGGUAAAGUGAUCCGACAUGAAGUGUUGACCAUCGCAGUUUACAACUUCAGUAAAGUCUUCUCCAACAGACUGCUGGGCAAGCUGGUUGUGGGCCUCCAGCACAUCGUUACAGCAGGGAGGCUGUUGCUACGGGAACCACUCACCGAUGACAACCUUCUCCUGACUGACAUCUACGUGGAGUUGGACGUGCGCUACCAUCCGGUCGAGGGCGCCGCAGGAGGCUGGGACGGGCAGGACUUCAUCCGAGUCGAGGAUGACGAAUCAUCGCUGGGCUUCCGGAACGAAGCCUUUGAAGAAGACGAGAGCCCUCAGACGUUGAGUCGUCCCGAGAGGCAACUGGAGAGGGAGGCUCGGCAUCUGGGACGCAGCCUCAUCCAGGCGCAGGGCGACGACGACGACGACGACGACGGCUACGACGACUACGACGACGACGACGAUGACCAAGACGACCUGCUGGACUUGGAGGCGUCCGACAUCGUCUUCACGCCUUUGAUGAGUCGUUCCAGACCGCUGUCCAGGCAUGUCGCUGCAGCCACACCCAAAGUUCAAAGUUUCCAGGUGAACGUCAACAUCCUGGAAGCUCAGAAACUGGCGGGCGUCAACAUCAACCCGGCCGUGUUCGUCCGAGUGGGAGAGCAGAAGAAACACACGGCCACGCAAAAGUCCACCAACUGUCCCUUCUACAACGAAAACUUCCAGUUUGAGUUCCACGAGACUCCAGAGAUCCUCUUUGACGAGGUCAUCGAGAUCAAGGUGUACCACCGCCGCACUCUGGCCUUCCUGAUGAGCCACGUGGGAACCUUCAAGAUCGACAUCGCCACUGUGUUUCGCGAGCCAGACCACCGCUUCUACCAGAAGUGGGCACCGCUCACCGACCCGGCCGACACCCGAUCGGGGGUCAAGGGCUACGUGAAGUCCACCCUCAGCGUGCUGAUGAAGGGCGAGGCUCUGAAUGCCCCCAGCCUGCCGCCCGCCACGUCCAAUGCCAACGACGACAUCGACAAGAAUCUGAUGCUUCCUCGCGGUAUGCCCUCCGAGCGUCCGUGGGCUCGAUUUCGGGUGCGGGUCUACAAGGCAGAGGGCCUGCCCACCAUGGAUGCGGGAUUGAUGGGCAAAAUGUCCAAAGUCACAGAUCGAACGGUCUUCAUUGAUCCUUACGUCCAAGUCACCUUUGCUGGACAGCAGGGGGAGACAGCCGUCGCUUGCGCCUCCAGCUGUCCGGUGUGGAACGAGGAGAUCUCCUUCAUCGAGCAGUUUCCUCCUCUGGCCCAACGAAUCAGAGUCCAGGUCCUUGAUGACGCCAAGAUGGGGGACAUCGCUCUUGCCACGCACUUCCUUGACCUGCAGCAGAUUUCCGACUCCACCAGGAAUGGUUUUAACCCCACCUUUGGACCUUGUUGGGUCAAUCUAUACGGUUCCCCUCGGAACUCCACCCUCGGAGACGUCCACCAGGCUUUGAACCAAGGCCUCGGAGAGGGAAUCUUUUACCGUGGUCGAAUCCUUCUGGCGCUCUGUGUGGAGAUUUACUCUUCGCCGUCAGUCGUCGCCAUGGACUCCCCGUUAGCGAUGAAGGUGAAAGGAACGCUAGGCAGGUUGGGACUGAGGAAGAAGCGAGGCAGCAAGAAGGAGAAGAAGAAGGAAGCCUCCACCCGACUGGGCGCCGAAUCCGAGGAGGCAGGAGUGGAGGUGCCAGAAGCGGUGACCGUGGACGUGGAGGAGAUUCGCCCUUUGCCUGAGGGUUUCCUGGGCGAGAGAGAAGAUUUUCUGCUCUUUGCAUCUUUGUUUGAGGUCACCAUGAUGGAUUCAUCUGUCGGCACCAGGCCCAUGACCUUUGAACUGUCCAUCGGAAAUCGCGGUAAGGCAGUGAAAGCCGGGAGUUCCAAGAAGAGCCAAAGCCGGGAGGAGCUGAGAAAAAGCCGGGAAGAGUUGAGGCAAAGCCGGGGGGACCUCAGCGAGGAGGUGCAAGGACUUCUGGAGUCUGAGGAGGAGCUGGACAGAGAGGCGGUGCUGAGUCUGGAACCUGAGAACCGCUCCGUGUCCGCGCCCAUGAGACCGCAGCCCACCGAGUACGACAGGUCGUUCCAGUGCGUCCCGCUGCAGGCCCCCUCGGAGAAACGCAAGCCGUGUUUGUUUGUCUGGAGUCAAUUUGAAGACCACAGCUUUCGUCUGUACCAGGCGAACUGGCUCAGCAAGAUGGCAGACAGGCUGGAGAUCGGUCUGGACGAGAUGGAGCGUCUCGGACGGAGGCCUCGCAGCAACGUGAAGGAGCGUCUGGUGCACGUGCUGCUGGAGCUGAUCACUUCCUGCAAACAGUUCAGACUGUUCUCAGACAGGCGUGCUCAGUUUCGUCCAAACAACCUGGACGCACACAGGAAAGACUUCAUUAAGAAAAAUUUGGUGACGGUGGCCCGGCGGGCCACGAGGGCCAGGCAGAGGAUAACCAAGCGGACGCUCAAACAGCGAACGUCGGACGUUAAGAAACUCCUGAGCAAACUUCGAGACUUGGCAAAAGAGCCCCAGAACACCAUCCCGGACGCCUUCCUGUGGUUGCUGAGCGGCAGCAAACGAUUGGCCUACGUCAGGAUCCCCGCCCGCUCCGUCAUCUUCUCAUUGGUAGAGGACCAGAGGGGGCGGGACUGUGGUCGGGUCACCACGCUCUACAUGAAGUCUCCGGGCGGCUCCACCGGCGAGAUCUUCGCCAAGCUGGAGGUGUACUUGUGGCUGGGCCAGGCCAAGUACAGCAAGGAGGCCGUCACCUCGCUACCGGACGAGUUCCUGCCCGUCUACGACGAGUCGGGGGAGGAGGAGGAGGAGGCGGCGGCGCCGGUCGCCACGGCAACGAGGAGGAUGCCCGUCGGCCUGUGUUGCCAGGACAGUCGAUACUUCCAGCUGCGAUGUCACCUCUACGAAGCUCGCGGCUUAAUGGCGGCCGAUGACGACGGCCUAUCGGAUCCCUUCGCCAAGGUGCUCUUCUCCACGCAGUGUCAGGUGACCGAGGUGUCCCCAGACACGCUCUCCCCGGCGUGGUGCGAGUGCUUGCUGUUCGAGCGCGUCCUGCUGGAGGGAACCGUGGAGGACCUCCGUCACGACCCCCCUCUGGUCGUCGUCCACAUCUUCGACUACGACGCCGUGGGUAGCCCGAAGCUUCUGGGCCGAGCGUACGCCGAGCCCGAGUUGAAAGCGGCGGAGACGCCGUACCGGAAGCCCCGCCUGCGCUUCCACGACAUCGCCGCGGGGAGGACGCCGGCCGGAGAGUUGCUGGCGGCCUUCGAGCUCAUCGAGCUGGACUACUCGUCCUUCGGCGAGCCCUCCCUCCCGAGCGGCGUGGACCCUCAGCGGCUGACCUACCUGCGGGACCGGCGCCGCUACGACAUCCCGGAGGCAGUCCGACCCGUCCUGCGGAGCUUCAGAAUAGAGGUGCUGUUCUGGGGCUUGCGGGAGCUGAAGCGUGUGCAGCUGUUCCGGGUGGAGCGCCCCCGGGUGAAGGUGGAGUGCGCCGGGCGCCGGCUGGAGUCCGAGGAGAUGGAGAGCUACAGGACCCACGCCAACUUCAAGGAGCCGGUCCGCUUCCUCCGCGUGAAGCUGCCGGAGCAGGCCUACCUCCGCCCUCCUCUGACCCUCUUUGUGGUGGAGCGGCGAGCGUUCGGACGCCAGGUCCUGCUCGGGACCCACGUGGUCCAGAACCUCAUGGACUACGCUGCGCCCGAGCCGGGGGACGAGCCAGAUGAGGAAGACGAAGAGGGCGAGGCGAAACCCAAAGUGAAGAAGACGACUCCGGCGAAGACCAGCACGCUGAAGUCGCUGUGCAGGAUCAAACUCGGCAACCUGUCGAUCAGAGAGUCGAAGAUUCCCGACGGCGCCGCCGAGCCCAUCGACCCGAAGAAGCUGCCGGCGGACGACGACGAGCGGCUGGAGGAGGACGUGCCGGAAAACCAGGAGCUGGACUGGUGGUCCAAGUACUACGCGUCCCUGGAAGAGCUGGAAGAACAGGCUGCUGAGGAGCUGAAGAAGAAGGAGGAAGAGGAGGAACGAGAUGGAGAGACAGAGCGACGGGACGCGGCAAACGGAGAAGAGGCUGAGGCGGACGCGGCGGCGGCGGCGGCGGCGGCGGCGCGGCCUCCCAAGCGGAAGAAGAUCGCCACUCUCAAGUUGUACGCGAGCGCCUUGGAGUCGGAGUUCAGUCAGUUUCAGGACUGGCUGCAGGUCUUCCCGCUGUUCAAAGGCCGAGCGAUCGGCGAGGAUGCCGACGAAGACGAAGACGAGCGUCUGAUGGGAAAGUACAAGGGUUCCUUCCUGGUCUACCCGAUCGAUUCGGAGGACGAAGAUGACGUCCGGUGUCAGAUCUCCAAAGGGAUCCCGCAGAACUCGCCGCUCAAGGUGCUGGUUCGGAUCUACGUCGUCAAGGGCACCAAUCUGGCUCCCACUGACCCGAACGGCAAAGCCGACCCGUACCUGCUGGUCCGCGUUGGGCAGCAGAGUCAAGACACCAAGGACCGCUACAUCCCCAAACAACUCAACCCCGUGUUUGGAGAGGUGUUCGAAGCGACGGUGUCGUUCCCCGCCGAGACGGAGGCGCUGGUCAGGGUGAUGGACCGCGACGUGGUGGGCGCGGACGACGUCAUCGGGGAGACGCGGGUGGACCUGGAGAACCGCUUCUACAGCCGGCACCGCGCCACUUGCGGCCUGGCCCUCCGCUACGACGCCGAAGGUUACAACGCGUGGCGGGACGCGAAAAAGCCGUCGGUCAUCCUGUCCGAGCUCUGCAAGAAAAACGGCAUCGCGGCCCCGGAAUAUCGAGCGUCCGAGGUCAAAGUCCUCAACAAGAUCUUCAAGAUCCCACCGGAUGCCGUCCCGGGAGACGCGCUGAACAAGACGGAGAGUUCGGCGGAGGCGGAGGAGCACGCGGCCGUCGGCGUUCUGCGACGUUGGGGCGAGAUGAGCGAGUUCGUCCCGGGAGCGGUCGCGCUGGUGCCGGAGCACGUGGAAAUCCGCUCGCUCGUCAACCGGGACAAACCCGGACUUCCGCAGGGCUACCUCCACAUGUGGGUGGACAUGUUCCCGACGGACGUUCCGGCGCCGCCUGCCGUGGACAUCAAGCCUCGACAACCCGUCGCGUACGAGCUUCGCGUUAUCAUCUGGAACACGGACGACGUCUUCCUGGACGACGUCAACCCGUUCACCGGCGACCCGUCGUCCGACAUCUACGUGAAAGGUUGGAUUCGAGGCCUGGAGGGAGACAAGCAGGAGACGGACGUCCACUUCAAUUCCCUGACCGGAGAGGGAAACUUCAACUGGAGAUUCGUCUUCCGCUUCGACUACCUGCCCACCGAGAAAGAGGUCGUGUGCGAGCGCAAGGAGUCCUUCUUCUCGCUGGACGAGUCCGAGUUUCGCCAGCCGGCCGUUCUGACGCUGCAGAUCUGGGACUACGAUCGCGUCUCGCAAAACGACUUCCUCGGCUCGUCGGAGCUGCGGCUGAGCGACAUGGCGCGCGGCGCCAAGUCGUCGGCCAAGUGCACGGCGCGGAUGGCCGAGGAGCGCGCCCGCCCGCGGGCGUCCAUCUUCCGCUCCAAGAAGAUGAAGGGCUGGUGGCCGCUCACCCGCCAGAAGACGCGGCGCGAGGAGAAAGAGGAGAAAGAGGCCCGCCACGGCAAAAACCAAAACAAGACGACCGAGGACGGCAAAGACAAGCGAGCGAGCUUCACCGACGCCGCCGGAAACGUCCACUUGCUCAUGGGUAAAGUGGAGGCGGAACUGCAGCUGUUGACGGCGGAGGAAGCCGAGGCCGACCCGGCGGGACGAGGCCGCAAGGGACCGGAACCUCUCGACAAACCCGACCGUCCCGCCACCAGCUUCGCGUGGUUCGUCAACCCCAUGAAGACGUUGGUCUUCCUCAUCUGGAAGAAGUUCAAGAAGUUCAUCGUGACCUCGGCGCUUCUGGCCGCGUUGGCGCUCUUCUUGGGCCUGCUGGUGUACACGCUGCCGCAGCACAUCAGCGGACUCCUCGUGGCGGGAUGAACCGCCGCGGCGACGUUUUCGCGGCUCGUAAUUCGAAGCGGGUCAUCAUUUGGGGGAUGGGUCGAAUUGGAUGGAAUUGAUUUCGGUGAGCAUGAGACAAUUGUCACACCAGCGCAACACGCUAGGAAAUAUCAAAUAAAGAAAUGCUGUUUGAAAAGC